GCAACACUGACCGCCGGCGCCAUUUUACUGAGGGAGAGGAGAAGAGUGGCAGGAGCAGCUGUCAUUUUCCACAGUUUCUCCUUUCCUACGCCACUUGGGGAGACGCUGCUGGUGUGGGACAGUGCAUGACGCAGCGGGGCACACAGGGACACGAGGAAUGGCGUGCCUGAACACCUUAAAGCAGGAAAUAAGGGUAUUGGAGAGCGCAUUUCCCAAGACGGACCAGCUCUUCCAAGUUGUGUCUGCCAGUGUAGACGAGCUCACCUGUCGAUUUAUUUCCAAGACGGGCAAGAAAUAUGACAUCCACGCCAACAUCACGGAGACGUACCCUCAUUCCCCUCCUGUCUGGUUUGCUGAGACAGAGGACACCAAUGUUACCAAUGCCAUCGAGAGACUUAGCAACACUGUCGGAAAAGAUAAUCAUGUACUACAACAGGUGAAGCUGCUGCUAAGGGAACUGACCACAGCGUUUAGCAUGGAGGAGCCACCCGACCUGGAGGACAGACUGGACCUUGUUUCCGUUCCGCAGGUCAUCAACGGACACGAUGUAACUGACCAUCAUGAAGAGUACGAGGAUUCAGAGAUGGAGGAGGAGGAGGAGGACAUGGAGGAGGACAUUCACCUGGAGAUGGAAGACAACACGUCCUCCCACGCAGCCCAGAAGGAUGAGGACAUCCACCCGAGCCACAUGGCCACCCUAGACCGCCUCAAGGCCAACCAGCGGCAGGACUACCUUCGCGGCUCCAUCUCAGGCUCUGUGCAGGCCACCGACCGACUCAUGAAGGAGCUCAGGGACAUCUACCGCUCAGACAGCUUCAAAAAGGGCGUGUACAGCGUGGAAUUAGUGAAUGACAGUCUGUACGAGUGGAACGUGAAACUGCUCAUUGUGGACUCAGACUCUCCGCUCCACAAUGACAUGGUCCAGCUGAAGGAGAGAGAGGGAAUGGACCAUAUCCUCUUUAACUUCCACUUUAAGGAGAUGUACCCGUUUGAGCCUCCCUUUGUGCGUGUGGUGCAGCCGGUCAUCAGUGGAGGCUACGUGCUGGUGGGCGGAGCUAUUUGCAUGGAGCUCCUCACUAAACAGGGAUGGAGCUCGGCCUACACUAUUGAGGCGGUGAUAAUGCAGAUCGCUGCUACUCUGGUGAAGGGCAAGGCUCGCAUCCAAUUUUCAGCCCAGAAGUCCGGCAAGAUUAGUGGAAGCAGCAAUCAGGGACAGUACAGCUUGGCCAGGGCACAGCAGUCCUUCAAGUCACUCGUACAGAUUCAUGAGAAGAAUGGCUGGUUCACUCCCCCCAAGGAGGACGGGUAAGGAGGUGCAGGGCUGGUCCUCGCCUCAGGCACCCCGCCCCCCCCUCACCCCAUCUCCCCACGUCAGGCUGUUGUUGUCUGCUCUUCCACCACCACCAACUCCGACCCUUCUCGUCACCACCAUCACCACCACCACCACCACCACCACCAGCGCCGCCAUUUCAUCCAGCUCGCCGUGACACACACACGCGUACACACACACACACAGACACACACAUUCAGUAGGAUUGGUGUGGAGGAGGAGGAGGAGGUGAUAAACUGUUGAUUGCACUCCAUUAUGUGUCUUGGCAUGUUCUGUGUUUAUGUUCUCUCACUUUUCAUUUGUUAUGUUGGUGUUCUGUUCUGCGGCAUGGUCUGAGAGGCAGCGGCUUGUUCUGUUCUGUCACACACACACACAAACACACACACACACACACACACACACACACACACACACACACACACACACACACACACACACACACACACACACACACACACACACACACACACACACACACACACACACACACACACACACACACACACACACACACACACACACACACACACACACACUAGUUCUCCUCUUCCGGCCACACACAUCACAGUUCACAGUUCCAUAGUCUCUCCAUUCCUGAUCACCAUUAUUACUGUACCAGUUGUGCAUAUGUUUAUCAUCCACCACCACCACCACCACCACCACCACCACCACCUCCCCUGUCUCUCAUUCUAUAUAUGUAUACAUAUAUUUUUUUUGUGUGUGUGUUCUCUCAAAUUUAUUUAUUUUAUUUUUAUUUUAUUUAUUUGUUUGUUUAUUAUUUUUUUAUUUUUUUAUUUUUAUUUUUUAUUCUUCUCCCUCACACACACACACACUCACACACUGACUAUAGAUUGUGAAGUCCUCGCACUGUGUAUUUUCCUGCACCCCACCACCACUGUAUCACCACCACCACCUCACCACCACCACCACCAGCCCCACCACCACCCGGAGUCUGAUGGCAACAUAUAAGGAGAGCAGUAUGCAUUAACCAUUGCCUCUUUGCCUUUCCAAGUGUGUAAGGUAACCAGUGUUGUGUGUGUGAGAGAGAGAGAGAGGGGAGGGGAGGGGACAAGAAGGACAGAGAAAUACAAGAGAAUGUUUAUCAAAGCAUGUAGGAAAUCAACGUUUUGGUAAAUUUCGGAGAGAAAAAGAACCAAAAUGUGAGAGAUGGAGAUUGAAUGGGUAAGAAAAAGAAUUAAAUAUUUUGGUGAUUUUAGGAGAGAAAGGCAACCAAAAAUGUGAGUUGGAGAACGAAUGGGUUAGAAAAAUAGGGGAAGAUUUUGAAGUGGAGGUGAAAGUUAUGAGACUGUACAAAUUUCCCUGGUAUUUGUUUGAGAAGGGAGGAAAGAGGCUAAUGUUUCCUGACUGCCAUCUGACCAAACCAUUCUUUUUUCAUGGACAACUAAUAUUAUUUCCUCUGGUUUCUGUGUUGUGUUUUUUUAGCUUUUUGUAUCUCGCUGUCUACAUCCAUGCCAGACAUUAAGACAUUUCUUGGACAUAGGAUUGGACCAUUGUAUAAAUCAGACUCUUCUAUAGAUCCUAGUGCUACUUCAACUUGCCACCAUUGUUUUUUGUAUCACACGGUAUCUACAUCCUGGCUUGACAUUGUGAUUUUUCUGAUGUAAGAUUGGACUCGUAUAAAUUGGACACAUGUAUAGAUUCCAUUGCUGAUUUAAUUGCUUCCACUGUUGCUUUUUUGUAUCACUAUUUAUCUACAUCUUUGCUGGACAUGGUGACUUUUCUGACGUAAGAUGUGUCUUGUUUAAAUUGGAGACAUAAACAAAUUAUCUUGGUAAUUGAGUUGUUGCCUGUAUUUCUUUAUGCCACUCUGUUUCUACAUUCGUGCUGGACAUUGUGACAUUCUGACAUAAGAUGGGACUUGGUAUGUAAAUUUUUAGUGCUGAUUUAAUUGUUGCCAGUCUCUUCAUCACAGUCAUCACCACAACCACCACUCAUCAUCAUAAUCAUCAUCACCAUUCCUUAUUUUCUCUUUCUAAGUAAGGGUUCUUGAGAUGUGUAAAAUGUUACUUGCGUCUCAGGUUGGCCGUGUAAUCAAAAUGUUUGUCUAGGCACAGCUCGCCGCUAAAACUACAACAACAACAUUGACCAUAGCAAGAAGUGUAGCAAUCAUGACAAUUCUGAAUGUAUCUUAGUCUAGAAAACCCACAAAAACAACACAAAACUAUGAAAAUGACAAAAAAACACAAACAACAACAACAACAACAAGGACUUUGUGACAAUGCUGACUGUAUUUUGAAACUGAGAAAAAACAUAGAUUUUACAAAGAGAAACUGCAAAAAAAUGCUUACACUGUAGAAUUGAGAAUAAUCCAUACAACAGCAACAGCAGCAAAAACCUUUAACUUUCAUCUGACAAGUUCACAAUGUCAAAAACUGAGUGUCAUUCCAACCGUGACUCCAGUGUCAGGAGAUACAGGCAAAAAUAUUCCAUCACUAGUUUAAUGCAAGUGGUUUUCACAAGUGGCUCUGUUUGGUCCCAUUUCCGAGAUGCAUUCUGUCUUAUUUUAACAUGAAAUAGAAACAGACAGACAAUUGAGAGAUAGAGUGAGAGGGAGAGAGAAAGAGAGAUGAAACAUACUUACUAGCUAUAUAUAUAUCUGUUUUAUGUUGUGUUUUGCCGCAAAUAAAGAUACAAAACAUGAAACUGAAAUGACUCCAGCAUUUUUAUUCAAUGGUUCAUGUCAAAUACCACUGUUUUGGAUUCACUGUCACCAAAUACAUUGCUCAGGAAAGGGCGAAGGAAGCUGUACAUUCAUUAACACGAGGAUUAGCCAGUGCAGAAUUCUUUCCCUUGAUCUGCUUGCUGUUCUUGGGGUUCAUCUGUACUCCACUUAUGUUUCUUGACUAGUGUGUGGCUGUGGUGGCAGGAAGGGUGGCUGGCUCUUGGCUUGUGUGUGAGUGUGUGUGUGUGUGUGUGUGUGUGUGUGAGUGUGUGCGUGAAAAUUGCAGCAGUAGUGAUAUUACGGAGUAUUUUAUUUUCGGUACGUUCUGUUAGUUUGGUGAACUUGAAGUGAAUAUUUGACGGUGAUGCUGCCGGCGAGAGGCGACUGAUUAGCGCUGCUUAGUGUGACACCCGUGACAGACCACUGAGAGAGAGAGAGAGCAAGCCCGCCGGUGCAACCCGAGCGAGGUGUUGACACGAUGACACGACCCGACACUGCUGAUGACCACUGGUGACCGCCCGCCCACCGGUCUGUCAUCCGUGUUCUGCCGGUGAACUGACGACUGUGUCAUUGCGAGGGACAUUCCUGUGGAUGGUAAUUCAAUGGCCUUUAAAGUGAGCUCCUGUGUACAUAACUAUAAAUAUAUAUAUAUAAAUAUACAUACCUUUUAGGCAUCAUUUUUGUUGGGACUGUAUAAACAAACUGAUAAUGAUGAUGAUGAUGAUGAUGAUGGUCAAACAAGCCAGUGUCUGUCUACCCAUGCCCUGUCAUACUUGUCAUCUAUCUGCCCUGUUUUUUUUUAUUUGUUAAUCCUUCUGCAUGAGGAAUCGCAAGUACUAAAAUGUUCGGGAGGCGACGGGAUGAGGCGAUACAACCCCCAACCUUCAACUGUGACACUGGGACACUAUGACACCCACACCACACCUUUCACUGACUGACAUUGACACUGGCUGGGAGGACGUCCUUAUAUGAUAUGCACACAACCACAUCACCACACCACACAUCAACUUAAUGUCUGGAGUUGACUAAGAGACUAUAUAACAGCACACACACAUGACCACCUGAGAGGGAGAGAGAAAGAGACAGUGACAGAAACAACAAACACCCCAACAAUACACUACCAUUCUUGACAUACCUUGAAUGACCUUUACUAACCUUGACACAGCCUGAGACAGCAAGACUCAAACCAAACACCACCCUGUACAUAAUAGAAUGCCUUGUCCCUUGUCGCGCUCCCUUGUCCCAGAGACUCAAACACUCGUAACUUGUAAAACAGACUUAGCCACCGCAGCAGAUCCACCCAACCCAACGCUGCUUGUGUGGCGGUGGCAGAGAGCAGUCCAGAGUGAUUUAAUAUGAAGUGUAUGAAAGUAUUAAGAUAUGAAUAAAAACUAAAGUGCUCAU